AUGGAUACUUCAAAGAUAAGACAGGAAUUCCGCCGCUUCCGAAUCCUCAUUAUCGGAAGAGCGAAUGCAGGAAAAACCACCAUCCUCCAGAGGGUUUGUGAUACACGCGAGAACCCAGAAAUAUAUGACAGCGCCGGUGAAAAGAUCGAUCCCACCGUUUUUCCGCGCGGACUGCAUGAUAUCGAAAAUGAAAUGGUGUUUCCAAGCAACCCUGGAUUUGUCUUUCAUGAUUCACGCGGGUUUGAGGCUGGAGGACAGUCCGAGUUUGACAAAGUGAAGGCUUUUAUUACAAGACGUUCUAACAAGAGACUCGGUUUCGAUGGUAGAAUCCAUGUCAUAUGGUACUGCAUUCCGAUGGAUGAGGAUGCCAGGUCUUUCACGGAAGCGGAAGUCAAGUUUUUUACUCAGUGUGACACUGGAAAUAUUGCAGUAAUGGUGUUGUUCACUAAGUUCGACGCUCUCUACGACGAUGAAUUUGCAGAGCUGAUAAGUAAGGGAGUAUCGAGAAAAGAUGCUGAAGCGCUGGCCCCGCAGCAUGCUAAAGAAGCAUUCGAGAAUGGGCCACAACUAAAGCUUUUGUACAACCGCAAGGGCAACCAACGUCCUCCAAGAUGUCACAUAUGCCUGGCAGAUAUGGACAAGGACGACGCAGACUGCGGGAUACUUAUCGAAUGCACGGCCAAAACUCUGGAUGAUGAUACCCUCAAACAGAUGUUUAUCUCAACUCAGCGGAUCAAUGUGGAGUUGUCCAUGAGAUACGCAGUCGAAAUGUAA